AUGGCUACCACUACCGUUACCACCAGUGAGUUCCCCGCCAGCGAUGUCAACAACUACGACUACAUCAUCGUUGGUGGUGGCACUGCUGGUUGUGUCAUUGCCAGCCGGUUGGCUGAGUACCUCCCCAACAAGCGUAUUCUCGUCAUUGAGGGUGGUCCCAGUGACUACAUGGAUGACCGCGUCCUGAAGCUCAAGGAGUGGCUCAACCUGCUGGGAGGCGAGCUCGACUACGACUAUCCCACCGUCGAACAACCCAUGGGCAACAGCCACAUUCGUCACUCGCGCGCCAAGGUCUUGGGUGGUUGCUCCAGUCACAACACUCUCAUCUCGUUCCGUCCCUUCGAGUAUGACUGUCGGAGAUGGGAGAAGAUGGGCUGCAAAGGUUGGGGCUUUGAGACGUUCACCCGCUUGCUCGACGGCCUGCGCAACACUGUCCAGCCUGUCCACGAGAACCACCGUAACCAGCUUUGCAAGGACUGGGUUCAAUCCUGUUCUACCGCCCUGAACAUCCCCGUUCUUUCCGACUUCAACAAGGAGAUCCGUUCCAAGGGUGAACUGACUGACGGUGUUGGUUUCCUCUCUGUUGCCUACAACCCUGACGAUGGCCGCCGCAGCAGCGCUUCUGUCGCCUACAUCCACCCUAUCCUGCGUGGAGAAGAGAAGCGCCCCAACUUGACCGUUCUGACUAACGCUUGGGUGUCGCGCAUCAACAUCGAGGGUACCACCGUUACUGGUGUCGACGUCACUCUUCAGUCCGGUGUUAAGCGCACUCUGCGCGCCAAGCGGGAGACCAUCCUGUGUGCCGGUGCUAUCGACACUCCCCGGCUGAUGCUGCUCUCUGGACUGGGACCGCGCGAGCAGCUGUCGUCGCUGAACAUUCCUGUGGUCAAGGAUUUGCCUGGUGUUGGUGAGAACCUUCUCGACCACCCCGAGACUAUCAUCCUUUGGGAGUUGAACCAGCCUGUUCCUCCCAACCAGACCGUCAUGGAUUCGGACGCUGCCAUCUUUCUGCGUCGCGAGGCUGCCAAUGCUAAUGGCGAUGACGGCCGGGCUUCCGACAUCAUGAUGCACUGCUACCAAAUUCCCUUCUGUCUCAACACGGAGCGCCUUGGAUAUGAUGUGCCCAAGGAUGCCUUCUGCAUGACCCCUAACAUCCCUCGCCCCCGCUCCCGCGGUCGUCUCUACCUGACUUCGGCUGAUCCCUCUAUGAAGCCUGCUCUUGACUUCCGCUACUUCACCGACCCUGAAGGCUACGACGCUGCCACCAUCGUUGCCGGGUUCAAGGCCGCACGUGAGGUCGCCAAGCAGUCGCCCUUCAAGGACUGGAUCAAGCGUGAGGUGGCUCCUGGCCCUAAGGUCCAGACCGACGAAGAACUCUCCGAGUACGGCCGUCGCGCUGCGCACACCGUGUACCACCCCGCUGGUACCACCAAGAUGGGCGACACUGCCCGUGACCCGUUGGCCGUUGUCGAUCCCAAGUUGAAGGUCCGCGGUCUGAACGGUCUCCGCAUUGCUGAUGCGGGUGUUUUCCCCGACAUGCCCACUGUCAACCCCAUGUUGACUGUGCUCUCCAUUGGUGAGCGUUGCGCCGAAAUGAUUGCUGAAGAGGCCGGCUGGACCCGCAACCAGCCCAGACUGUAA